AUGGGCAAGGAGAAGGUCAAUAUUAACAUUGUGGUCAUUGGCCAUGUUGGCUCCGGCAAGUCAACCACAAUUGGCCGUCUUAUCUACAACUUUGGACUUAUUGACAAGCAUGUCAUUGAGAAACUUAAGAAAGAAGGUGCUGAAAUGAACCAGAAUUCGUUCAAUUAUGUGGGGGUGGCCGAACGUGGGCGUGAUAUCAGCAUUGACAAUGGCAUGUGGGAGUUGGAGACGGACAAGUACCAUUUCACUUUCAUUCAUGCUCAUGGGCAUGCCGAGUUUAUUAAGAACAUGAUGACAGGUGCUUCGCGGGCUGACUGUGCCCUUCUGGUUGUUGAUUCCACCAGUACUGGUGGUUUUGAAGUUGACAUUUUUGGGAAUGGACGGACUCCCGAGCAUACAUUGAUUAAACCUCUUAAUGUUAUCUGUUGCUGCAACAGGAUGGAUGCGGCCGAUUACUCAAAGGAGAGGUAUGAUGAAAUUGUGAAGUCAACCUCUCCCUGCCUGAAGAAUCUUGGGUACAAUCCGGCCAAGAUUCCUUUUGUUCCCAUCUCAGGUUUAGAAGGGGACAACCUGAUUGAGAGGUCGAAUAACCUUCCCUGGUACGAGGGUCCAACUCUUCUUGAAGCACUUCACCAGAUUCAAGAUCCUAAGACACCCUCUGACAAAAGUUUGGAGAAGAAGGAGCAUCCUAAUGGAGGUAAGAGCAUCAAGUCUGCUGCCAUGAGGAGAGGUAAGAAAUUUGGGACUGCUAUAGUUAAAGGAGGUAAAAAACUUGUGGCUGCAAUGGUUACUGGAGGUAAGAAAUCUUUGGCUGCUAUAGUUGAAGGAGGUAAGAAAUUUGGGCCUCCUUGUCUUAAUGCAUGUGUUGUAGGAGGGAUCCAGGCUGCUGUGGCUCUGGCAACUUAA